GUAUUAUCAUUGAGUGAUGGUGUGUCAAUGGCAAGUUGUUUUUCCACAUCGGAAACUAAUUAUUCACUGCUUUCAUUCAGUUCUCGGGUAACUCGAUCUGAUUGUCCGCAAUACCGAGUUGGGAUGUUGGCAGACAUGUUGCGGUUGACUUCUGUUUUAAUAUUCUUAUCACCCUUAGUUGUUUCACAUACUACGGUUGACAGAUUAGUUUGCCGAAGUGCUGUCUCUGCACAAAAGCAUAAUGUUCUUCCUGAAUGUAUUGGUGAAUGGAAGAAGUACCCAUGGUCGCAGUUUAGAAUAGAUAAUUCUUCCGAAUGCACUGAUUGCCGGUUAAUCUCACCCUAUGUGUGGGAUUACAAGAUUGAGCCACUGCUUUGUGCUACUGGUGUUAAAAAUGAAGAGUGCAAAAAUAUAAUCAACGCUUUAUCCCAACUGAAAUAUAUCAAGAAUCGCAAUGACGUUUUGUGUAACAUCCUUACGCUUUGUGAUUCUCAUACAUACAUCAAAGAUCUAAAUUUCGGCGUUCCACUCUGUGAUGAUUGUAAACGAUUGGUCAAUGAUAUGCGUAAGCUUAUUGAAGACAAUUCAACUGCUGCACAGAUUGAAGCACAGCUUGAUGAAUUAGUCUGCAAUAAUCUUCCAGGUGAAAUAAUUCCAUACUGCAAAAAUUUGGUAAAUGUCCACGUUCCAUAUGUCCUGCAUAUCAUUUCAGAAAAGAUGAGUCCUGAAGAGAUCUGUGCAACGCUGGGUCUUUGCGUAAAUGUGAAGACAAAAUUCACACUGGCCAACUUCAUGACUAAUAAAGGAAGGAAAUGUAAUGAAGAUAGAAAAUUUUCAUGGAUAAGACGCCCAAUGGGUAGUGUCGGUCAUAAAUGGACUUCAUACAAAUCUCAAGAAACUCCAACCUGUCCAAACUGUUUAGCAGUACUGAGUCAAUUCAAGAUAGGUGUUGAGAACCCAACUAUACAAGAACGCUUAAAGGAAUUGAUUGAUGAAAAGGUUUGCACACAUAUGGGCUUCUUUGCCGCCGCUUGUAAAGAAGCGAUAGAAUAUAACUUUGGUCAAAUAAUCAAUGGUAUGAAAGAGGUGGACCCUAAAGAGAUGUGUGGUUUGUUUGGAAUGUGUACGUGUGAAUACAAUAAUUUACCUGGUGAUACAAUGUUACCAUCGUUGUCUACAUCACAGGAUAUUCCCGGUGUUUGUCAUUUAUGUACUCUAUUGGUCAAAAAGAUAUUUGAACUAACUAUUGGUAAUCAAACCGAAGCUGCAAUCGUGUUAGCUAUGGAGACUGUCUGUGAAUAUCUACCAUCUGAUUACGAUACACAGUGUGAGAACUUUGUCGAAAAAUACGGAGCGAAAAUUGUUAGUGCUAUUAUUGACGGCACUGCUCCUGAGCUAAUAUGUGGAAGUAUAGGAUUGUGUGCUUCACCCAUACAUCAGAAGGUAGGGCUACCAUCAUCAUCACAGUCACUACCACAAGGUCAAGAUCAUAAAGUUCAAACUACUGCAACUCUAUCAUCUGGUAUAGAUGUUUGUUUAACCUGUAAAUUUUUCGUUGAAACACUUUAUGGACAACUUCAAAAUAAUAAAACAGAAGAGGAAUUGAAACAUCUGAUUAAAAAUGCAUGUUCCGUUCUACCUGCUGGCUAUGCAGAUAGAUGUUCCGAAUUGAUUGAUCGUUAUUUCGAUGAUGUCAUUAAACUAAUAGAAAAUAAUUAUACACCAGAGCAGAUAUGUCAAGUAAGAUUUUUUUUGUUUUCUUCAUAUAGUCGACAAAAUUCACUCAUUUUCGUCGGUAAUCUAUUUUUGCCCAAGAUUUUAAUAGAAUAUAUACUUCAUUUAUGCUUAUUAUUGAAUCUGUAUAUUUAUAUUACGGAAGUUGUUGAGAUGAAACUGGUCAUCAGUUUCCCAAUUUGUCUUCAUUAUAUUCCCAAUUAUUGAACGUUCUUUUUUGCAGAAGUCAUACUUUUCAUUUUUCGUUGCAGUUGAAUAUGAUAUAACUCAGUUAUUUUGAAAUAAGAAUGUAACUCCAAAGGAAGAUUACACAUUCAGAUUACGUGUUACACGUUGUGUAUAAAAGAUAAUGCACGCUGGUAGAAAUAUAAAGUGGUGGUUAAUACGUUGUGGAAUAUGGAGCUGUGAUACUCCGAGUUGAAUGUUUCAUCAUCCCUCCUCGCAAUGUACGUCAAUACUAAUAUCACUGAAACAUGUUUUAUUUAUACUAAUCAAAAAACAUGUCGUCCAUACAAUACAGUUGGCGUAGCGUUAGUAUUACUAAUUGACCAUAAAUUUUGCUUAUUAUAUUAUUCCCAAUUUGUUGAUUAUCAGAUGAUCGCAUCUUGUCACAGUAACCAUGGAAUUGGUCGGUUAUCGUGUAAGAUGAUACGUUGAUGUGUCGUGUUUGUAUUUUCUGAUAUAAAAUCUUUUAGAACUGAUACGCCCAUUACUUCAAAUUACUAAUUUUAACUUGUAUUUCUGAAGGGUCAAGAAUCGUUAGGUGGUGGUCACUUUUCUUCAUUUAUUCACAAUCUAUUAGGUACAAUCCCUCACACUCACAACCACUUUUGGCUUGCUCUUGUAUAAUAGUUAUUUUCUAUUCAAUCGUUGAGGCGGUCUGAUUUGCUUAUAUAUAAAUUACAUAUGUCUGAAAUACAUUAUUCAUUCAUCGGAAGUUGAGAUUGUGUUCUGGACUCAAACGGACAGGACUAGGCAAGAAGUACUGAGAGUUGACUCUAGGCUGCUCGUGCUGGUUAAAGCAUCAUUGGUUUGGCACAGUGUCAGAAUCAUAUAAGUCGGCGCUCUGAUUGGCAAUCUUGUCACUUGAUAAUUUACAGGCUAUAGCACAUAACAUUCACAUCAAAUUAGAAACACGUAUUGUGACAAUUCUUAUCUUUAAACGAUCAAAUACAUUCAUUCUUGUCGUUUUUCUUUCGUUUUUGGUAGUAGUGGUAGUAGUUGUUGUUGUUGGCGUAAAUGAGCUUAAAUAAUUUCAUACAAAUUAUUGAACUUCUUUCCUGUCAUGUUUAUCAUUGUUUUUUUCACAAUCUUAUUAAAGACAAUUUCGCUCUGCCAAUCAAUACCAGCUUGGAGUUUAUCCGAACAAAAUCCAUGCCUUUUAGGCUCAACUUAUUGGUGUCGGGAUUACAGUACAGCAAAAAUGUGUAAUGCUGUAAAUUAUUGCAGUUCCAAUGGUUGGAAAACGUAUCCACCAAGUAAUCAGAAUAAAUUAUUUAAAUCACAAUGUGAAUUGAUGAAAUUAACAGAGAUAUGUGUUAAUUCUGAAUUGGCUAAAAAAUGUAAUCGUUUAAAUGAAUGUUAUGAACAACAAGUGAAAAAUUUCUUAAAUUUAUUCAGUAUUUCAACAGUAUCAUUAAAUAAUGACAAAAUUAAUAAAUCACCAUGUUCCGUGUGUGUUGUUAUGACAACUAAAUGGUUGUUACAAUGGGAUUUAUUUGGUGGACCAAUUAUUAAUCGCAGUAUAUGCGCUGAAUACAAAACUAAAAAUGAAUUACAGCAGUGUUAUGAUGUGGUUGAAAAGGCUGGAGUGCUAUUGAUUCGUUCAAGGAGUGAUCGUAAUAAUGUCGAACAAAUAUGUGCUCGUACAAUCAACUGUGCUUCAGUGAAAGAUGGUGAAAAUGAACAAUUCUCUGAAACAAUAGAUCAGUCUGUAAAUGAAAAUCCAGACAAAUUAAGUCCAUUAGCUUUAUAUGAUUUUGAUAAAAUUGCUUGUUUAUGGGGUCCUACUUAUUGGUGCUCAUCAAAAGAGACGGCUAGAAAAUGUAAUGCAACAAAUUAUUGUACAGCAACUUAUUGGCCCGAAAUUAACACUAAUGGCAUUGAUAUUGAUAAUAAAGAUAAUAAUAUUAUUGACAGUCAUGCUACUACGACGUCAUUACCAAAGCCAAUUGAGAAAACUAAAUCUGAACAUUUAUUAGGUAUAAAACCAUGUUCAUGGGGGCCAUCUUAUUGGUGUCAAUCAAAAGAAAUUGCUAAAGAAUGCGGUAGUGCAGCCUUAAUGCAUUGUGAAACUAAGGUAUGGAUUACUUUAUCAGAUUCAAGGAAAUCACAUAAGAUAACUUCUAACUUGAUAAUAGAUGUACACGUGGUCCAUCGUUUUGGUGUGCAUCAUUUGAAAAUGCUAAAUUAUGCGGUGAACAUGCAGAAUGGCACUGUAUAAAUGUAGUUUGGUCAAAUAUACAUAAAUUCAAAUCUAAUUCUAUCAAUCCAUAAUUGAAUAAUGAUCAAUCUUAAUUUUUACUGCCUAGAGGACAUUUUUGUGUUUCCCCUUCUCAUUUGAACUCAUUCAUUUAUACUUCAUCUGGUCUCUGUAUUUGUGUUUGUGCCUAUUCAUCUAUUGUUUGUUAGUGUGUUUUCUACAAAUUUAUCUUUUUGAAGAACAAUCUGCAUUCAUUGAGUAUUUUUUAUUUCUCUCUGUUGAAAUAAAAUAUGAACAACAUUUUGAUUUUACACUGCUCAAAAGUCAUUUACAUUAAUGUCUCAUUUUUAUUAGAUGUACUGUUUGAUUAAAAGUUCACUGUUCAAUUGAUAC